AUCUCAAUGAUCUUAGUAUCCUCCAUUCACCAUUUACCAUUCACCCUCAACCUUAGAAGAACGAUCCAGCAUAUGACAGUAGAAUAUGGGGUUGAAAGAAGAUCUCGAGUCGAACCCACCUUGCCAUCCUCGCGCUUGUGCUAUUCAAGAUUGUCUUGGAAAGAAUGAUUAUGACGAAGCAAAAUGUUCCCGCUACAUCGACGCCUUGUACGAAUGCUGCGAUGCUUUCUAUAAAAAACAUGGAGACAACGCAACAAGUCCUAGCUGCCCGAAACCAAACCUUUUACGGUUGAAGAUGAAGCAACGACAAGACGAGAAUAGCAAAUGAGAUUUACGAUUUACAUAGACACAUACAUCAAUAUUAAAAUUGAUCUAGAAUCAUCUUCUAUCUGGCAUUGCGCUCAUAUUCGUUGCGAGAAUCAGGCACUACAUACCGGUACGGAGACGAGGGUGGUAUGUUCUACAUCUCCUUCUUUGCGUCAACCCGAAUAGAGAAACCAGGCAACAUUUACGGAGAGUAGAAAUCGUUCUAGGCGAUCAUUGAGCGCGCAAGAGAUCCGCAUGGGACCUGGACAAGCAUUGAAGGAAAUAAUGGCUUAUCCCGAGACUCUAAUAUGAAUGCCGAUGACAUUAUGAUGGAAGAAAGGAAAAAGGAAUAAAAUUUUCUGC